AUGUGGGGUCUACCCGUACCGCUGGUCCCGGGCUCGUGCCUGGUCCCGGAAACGACUCCAACGGACCGAGUGAGCACCCACGCCGCGCCAGGAUCUCGAGGCCUUUCUAUCAUCUCCGCGAGUGGCUCAGUUGUCAAUGACUUCCACUUGAGUCAGCGCCAACGCCGCCAAAGAACCAUCUCUUCCUCACUCACCGAGGCCGACAACCCCAGUCUCUCGCCUGCUCUCCUUCGGUCCAUGAGCUCAUUCGAGGGGAUGUAUCCGGAAUUCUUUGCUAUGCGUACCGCUGAUUGGGCCAGACAAAUCGCGGAACAAGCCGAGGAAAACGCACAGGAUGCCGCGGACUUUGAGCGUACUGACCAAACCCAGGACAGGGAGUCCAGCAACCAAGUACUGCGACACGGUACUUAG